ACAACACCGCCAUCCUGCGUCCGGAUGAGCGAUGAGGCGAGCGGUGACACAGCAGGAGGCGGACGGAGGGAGGUGCAGACGGCAGCACACCGGAUCCUUCAUGAGGGAAGAAGAGGCCAGGGACAGCCAAGCCUGCCAGCCCCGGCUUCUCCUCCUCUUCUCUAAUUUAUCCCUCGUUUCGCUUUUGCAAGUCAGCCCCGAGCGAGGGGCCGCUGUGGGCUUCGUAGGAUGUCCCGUCAUGAAGGCGUGAGCUGUGACGCGUGUUUGAAAGGCAACUUCCGAGGCCGGCGCUACAAAUGUUUAAUCUGCUACGACUACGACCUGUGCGCGUCGUGCUACGAGAGCGGCGCCACCACCACCAGACACACCACGGAGCACCCCAUGCAAUGUAUAUUGACACGAGUCGACUUUGACCUGUAUUACGGUGGAGAAGCAUUCUCGGUGGAGCAGCCCCAGGCCUUCACGUGUCCCUACUGUGGCAGGAUGGGCUACACCGAGAUGUCCCUGCAGGAGCACGUGGCCGCCGAGCACACAGAGACCUCCACAGAAGUGAUCUGCCCCAUAUGUGCAGCGCUGCCCGGCGGGGAACCUAAUCACGUGACAGACGACUUUGCUGCUCACCUAACACUUGAACACAGAGCACCCAGAGACCUGGACGAGUCAAGCGGCGUGCGGCACGUGAGGAGGAUGUUUCACCCCGGGCGCGGACUGGGCGGCCCCCGCGCCCGCAGGUCCAACAUGCACUUCACCAGCAACUCCACCGGGGGGCUCUCGACCAGCCAGAACUCCUCUCAGAGCUCCGGCUACAGCCGGGAGGCCAUGGACCCCAUCGCAGAGCUUUUAUCGCAGCUUUCGGGCGUGCGGCGCUCGGCGGGAGGGCAGCUCAGCUCGGGCCCGUCGGCGUCGCAGCUGCAGCAGCUCCAGAUGCAGCUCCAGCUCGAGCGGCAGCAGGCUCAGGCGGCGCGCCAGCAGCUGGAAACGGCGCGCAACGCCACGCGCGUCGGCCGCGCCAACGCCAUCCUCAACGCCAACUCGGCCGCCGCCAACAACUCCAACCUGAGCGCCAACCACAACAGCAACGCCGGAGGCAAUGCGGGCCCUUCGGAAAGCCACCCCCAACACACGUCGCACAGCUCCCACUUUCUACUCAGCAGGCUGAGCGAAGCACGCUUUUCCGAAGCGGAGCGCCAGGCGUGCGAAGCGCAGUGGGCGGACCGGAGCUUGUUUGUGACGGAGCUGCUACUGUCCACGCUGCUGGCGGACCACCACCACCAGCAGCACCGCGACGGCAACACCGACGACGACCUCUCCGCCGAGCGCCGCUGCUCCGGGUCGCCGCGCAACUUCGCCGACUUCCAGUCCAUGGGCUGCGUGGAGGUGAUGACGCUGGACGUGGCGCUGGAGAACCUCAACCUCAAGGAGAGCGGCGCCGCGCCCCCGCCUGCUAAGAAAGAGCCCCCCGCCCCAUCCCUUUGAUGGAGCAAAGAGACUGCGCUUCUUUCCCACCCUCCCUCUUUUUUGUUUCUUUUUACUCUUCACUGAUUUUGUCAUUUCAACCUCCAACCCCCCCCCCCUCCCCAUGUCUGUGUGAACGUGGAAUACGAGUUAGACGAAUGAAUGUGAGAAAGAACUAUAUAAAUCUAUUAUUAAAAAAAAGAGAGACAAAACAAAUCUAUAUGAAAGCUGAUAAUCACUUAACUCACUCUGGCCAUUAGAGGAGGCUUUUAAAAAAAAUGAACUGCUGUUACAAGCUAAUAAGCAUGACGGAGCUUCAUGUACACGCUCUGAUUGACAGCCGCACCCGUGUCACCCGGCUUUUCUCAAAACUCUGGACACACUACAAGACUUUCUAUCAGACACGACCAUUCACUCGUACUUUUUUGUUUGUGCGUGCGUGCGCGUGUGUGUGUGUGUGUGCAGUCUCCGCACUUCGUGAACGCAAAGAGGACUCGGAAGGGGGGGAAAUCUGUACGCCCCCCCCCAUCCCCCCCGCCCCCUUCCACACUUAACUUCUGUCCCUGUUCUGAUGGAUCUGUGUUAGGCCUCAUGAAGAAGACGUGCAAUGUGUGAACUUUCGGGCUCAGUUGACUUUUCAGUGUGGACCACAAUAAAACGUUUUGGA